AUGUCCGACUAUCACGUGGUGGAGCUCAUCGGUGAGGGCUCGUUCGGCAAGGUCUACAAGGGCCGCAAGGCAUACUCGGCGGUCACGGUGGCGCUCAAGUUCAUUCCAAAGUUUGGCAAGUCGGCAAGCGAGCUGGAGGCGUUGCGGCAAGAGAUCUCCAUCCUCAAGGGCCUCGAGCAUCCAAGCAUCAUCGGCAUGCUUGAUUCGUUCGAGACCUCGUCCGAGUUCUGCGUGGUGACCGAGUACGCCGAGGGUGAGCUGUUCCAGAUUCUGGAGGACGAUGGGAAGCUGCCAGAGGUUCAGGUCCAGGUCCUCGCCCGCCAGCUCACCGAUGCUCUGCAGUAUCUCCACGCUCAUCGCGUCAUCCACCGCGACAUGAAACCGCAGAACAUCCUCGUCACCUCGGACGGCCGCAUCAAGCUCUGCGACUUUGGCUUUGCCCGCUCCAUGUCGGCCUCUACCCUCGUCCUCACCUCGAUCAAGGGCACUCCGCUGUACAUGGCGCCCGAGCUUGUCCAAGAGCUGCCGUACAACCACACCGUCGACCUCUGGUCGCUCGGCGUCAUCCUCUACGAGUUGUUUGUCGGCAAGCCGCCGUUCUACACCACAUCCAUCUACUCGCUCAUCUCACUCAUCGUCAACGAGCCUGUCCACUAUCCGGACGGCAUGUCGCCUGACUUUGAGGACUUUCUUCGUGGCCUCCUCAACAAGGCUCCUGCAGAUCGUCUCUCGUGGCCGGCCCUCGCCGAGCACCCGUUUGUCGUCAACGCGCCCGACUCGAUCCCCUGCCCGCAGUUUGCCGUCUACUACCAGACCCAGGCCCGAGUUCCGCCGCCCAUCACUGCCGCUCAGGCCGCCGAGAUGGAUCCGGCAGCUGCAGACGGCCAGCCGUCGACCGCAAAGCCUAUAGCCCCGCUGCGCGCUCGCUCGCAGACAGCCGCCGCCCGCCCUACCGUUGCGGGUCUUGUUGCCGAAGUUCUGCCACUUUUCGCGAAUGCAAGCCCAGCGAGUGCUCCCAGCCUUGCCGACGCCCUCACUGCCCUUGUCCGCGCCCUCUCGGCCGAUCCGCCGGCGCUGACGCCGGGCCUCGCCGCCGAGCUCGCGCCCGCUCUGGCAGACUUUCGCCCCGCCGCCACUGCCUCUGGCUUUGGCCGCAUCGCCGCUGGCCUCGCCGCCCUCGUCAAGAUCUGGUCGCGCCUUCCACCCGAGCUCCUGCCUGCGCUCCUCGGUGCGCUGACCCGCACGCUUGCCGAGCUUUGCUGGACCGACCUCUCCUCUCUCGGCAUCGCUGACGAGCUUGUGCGGAUGCACGGCCUCCCGCAGGCACUCACUUCCCUCGUCCUGGACGUCGGCGCCAUGGCCGACCACUCGGCCGCUGCCGCCGGCCUCUCCGCUCUCACCGCUCUCGCCCAGCUCACCGCCGGCCUUCCGCCGUUUCUCCCACUCUCGUCACUGGCCGAUGGCCCCAGCCCGCGCCACACCAUCCACUCUCUCGUUGCCAGCGCCGUGGUCGAUGGCGGUGAGGCCGCGCUGACCGCGCUCUGCUCCGCCGGCCGCAACGGUGGCGAGUCCAGUCUCGCUCGCUUGCUCCUUGUCCUUGUCUCGGCCGCGCCCGCACUCUCCGAUGCCAUUUGCCUUCACCCGUCCAUCCCGGACCUUCUUCUUGGUCCGCUGGGCGCCAUGGAGCCCGCGGCGCUGCGACUUGUGGCGCUCAUUCUCUACCAUCCGCCCGGCAACAUGUUUCCGGCGUGGACUGGCCACAUCCCGCUCGCGCCGCUGCUGGCGCUGGUGGCCGACGGCCAUCCCGCCGCCGCCCGCGGAUCAGACGCCGCUGCCGCUCUCAUGGCUGCUCUGCUGCGGCAUCCGGCCAUGACCGCUGCGCUAUGCGAGCCGGCUCGCCUCUCGCGCAUGCUGGGUGUAGCACAGGCCGCGCUCACUGCAGCGGCAAAGACCGAUCCUGCCGACGUUGCCGGUGGCGGCGCGAGUCUCGUCGGCUGCGCCGAGGCCGCCGUCUUCUCGCCGUUUGACGGUUGGGUCACCCUUGUCUACCGCCUGCUCUCUGUCGGCGGCGCCACCAUGGCCCGUGCUUUCGUCGACGCCAACAUGCUCGCCACGCUCGCCGCGUUGGCUGCCGCCCCUCGGGUCCUGGCCCGCCGGCACUCCCUCCACGCGAAAACGCCCCCGCGCGACAUCCUUGCCACGCUCGUCCCGUCGUUGCUCGCAGUUCUCGAUCCGGCUCUGCUCAGCGACAUCGCGACGUGGCCAUUGUCGUGCGGUGGCGGCCGUGAGCGUGUCUCGCUCCUCGCCUUUCAAGUUUUUUCCAUCAUCCACCUGCCGCUGCAGCAGAGUGUGCCCGACACGCUGCCCGCACUCCUCGAGCUGCUUGUGGCACAGGGCGUCAUCCCUGCUGCCGUCGCCGCACUCCCGCUUGUCGAGCCGUCGCACGUUGACACCGCGCUCGGCCUCGUCUCGCGCAUCGUGCUCGCGCUCCCAGGUGGCGCCGCCGAGUUUGUUGACGCGGGCGGACUCUCACCCACCGUUCUCGGCCCACUCCUGCCGGCUUCCAGCCAGAGCCCGCUCUCGCCGCCGGGCCUUAUCGACGUCCUACUGAUCCUCUCGCAGCUGGCGCGGCUCUCGGCCUCGUACUACCCGCCGAUCCUCGAGUCGGGCGUGGUCGGCGAGCCGCUGGCGCACGUCCUCGACCACAACGACGGCGAGGUCCGUGCCAAGGCGUGCAACCUGCUCGGCAACCUCUGCCGGCACUCGGGCUUCUUCUACGCGGCUCUCGCUGACUCGCGGCUGCUGGCGAGCCUCAUCGCGGCCUGCUCCGACACCCACGAUGGCGCCCGCAAGUUUGCCUGCUUUGCCCUCGGCAACGCCUGCUUCCACGAUGCCUCCAUCUACUCGCAGCUCGGGCCGGCCAUUGCUCCGCUCGCCUCGCUCCUUCUCGACGAGGCCGAGGCCGAGAAGACCCGGACCAACGCCGCCGGCGCCCUUGGCAACCUCGCCCGCAACUCGGACCUCCUCCUCCCGCAGCUCUUCACCGACGGCGCCGUCGACGCGCUUGUCGCCGUCCUCAACGCCGCCUCGCUCGUCCGAUGCGCCGCGGUCGCCCGCAUCGCUCUUUUCUCGCUUGGCAACUACUGCUCAUAUCCGCCGUAUCGUGCACAGCUCGCCUCGGUCCCGCAUCUCGUCCCGCGUGUCCAGGCCGCCUCCGCUGCCGCUGAUCCCACCCUCGUCAAGUACGCCGCCCGCGUCCUGCACAAGCUUGGCCAAUGA